AUGGGUUUCCUUGAGAGCGGGAUAAGUCCGAUGUUCAUGAUGAUUGUAGGGAGCUUCUACAAGAAGAAUGAACAAGCUUUAAGAAUGGGCAUAUGGUACAGCUGCACAGGUUACGUGUCCAUCUUCUCGCCGGUUGUCAACUAUGGCUUCGGCCUCGUUAAAGGGCCGCUUCACUCCUGGAAAUAUAUGUACUUUUUUGCGGGCGGACUGACCAUUCUGUGGGGGGUUGCUCUCUUCUUCAUACUUCCCCCCGACCCCGUCCGGGCUAAAGGGUUUGAUGAACGGGAACGAUAUAUCUCAGUCGCGCGCCUCAGAACCAACAACUCUGGUGUUCGGAAUACCCAUUUGAAGAAAGAACAGAUCGGCGAGCUUCUACUUGAUCUGAAGUUCUGGCUGGUGUUUUUGGUCGCCUUCCUGUCCAUGAUUGCAAACGGUCCAAUCUCCACUUUCAUCCCCAUUAUCAUCGAUUCCUUCGGCUUUAGUACGCUCAACUCGCUUCUUCUUGUUAUGCCGGCUGGAGCUUAUGCCGGUACUCUCCAACUUGUUGCCCCGUACCUAUGCUACAAGUAUUCCGGACUUCGUUCAUGGCUGGUUUUUGCAUGUCAGGUCGGCACAACCGUCGCAGCACUUCUUCUGUGGCUCCUUCCUAAAUCCGAGACUGGUGCCUUGUUGUUCGCUUGCUAUAUUCUUCCUUCGGUCGGGGGAGGGUAUGCGGCAUUGAUGGGAUUGCAAAUUGCAAAUACGGCUGGGUACACAAAGCGUUCCAUUGCAUCAUCGGGUAUCUACAUUGGAUACUGUCUAGGAAAUUUCGUAGGCCCACUCGUCUUCAAGCCAGCAGAUGCACCCCGGUAUAUCCCUGGUUUCAUCGUUGUCACAGUUACGGCUAUCGUUGCUGGGCUUCUUGCGCUGGUGUACCGGUUUCUAUGCGUGUGGGAGAAUAGACGACGAGAUAGGGCGGGGAUUAUGGAAGGGUUUGAACACGCGUAUGAAGAUGAUCUUACGGAUAAGAAGAAUCCGCAGUUCAGGUAUACACUGUAG